GCGCCUCGGGUUGCGAGCGCUGUUCCCGAGGAGCAUUCGGUUCCCGAAGGGCCUCCUCCACCCCCGUGUGCGCAGGUUCCCACCGGUCGCAGGCGAGAGCAUGGCAGCCAUCCCCUCCAGCGGCUCGCUCGUGGCCACCCACGACUACUACCGGCGCCGCCUGGGUUCCACUUCCAGUAACAGCUCCUGUGGAAGUGCUGAGUACCCUGGGGAAGCCAUCCCCCACCACCCUGGUCUCCCCAAGGCCGACCCGGGUCACUGGUGGGCAAGCUUCUUUUUUGGGAAGUCUACUCUCCCAUUCAUGGCCACAGUGUUGGAGUCCCCAGAGCACUCGGAACCUCCUCAGGCCUCCAGCAGCAUGAUCGCCUGUGACCUGGCUCGGGAAGCCACAAGGAAGCAGCCUGGCGGCCAGCCUGGCAAAGCCAACACCAGGUCCCCAUCCUGAGUGGCCACCACCAGCCACCAGAUUUCUAGGGGCGCCAGGCUCUUUUGAGCCCCUCCCCCUGUAUCUCUUUCUCCCCUCCUCACCUCACCCCAUAGAAUAGGCAGGCUGCAACAAGCAGAAGCAAUGGGUUCUUUUGUAACAAAACAGCAAAACACCAAAAAGAAGUUGAGAGAGCCCUGCUCUUUACUACCCAAGCCACACUCGAGCCUUCUGACACCCUGUAACCGAGUGCCUUGCACCAAGUGGAAAAUAAAGGACAAGCAGCCAGCAUCCCUGAUGGUGCUCAUGAGCUGUGUGUGUCCCAAGGCUGUGGGAGAAGUCA